UCCGGUGGUGCCGCUUGGUGUGCGGCGUUUCCAGAGUGAGGACGCGAUGGCGGAGCAGUGGUCCAAUGAUGCGGCUGAGGCUACGGCUACAGCCUCCGGGUCGAAGACGGCGAACACAGUUCCCAAAGAGCUUCUGUCGCUGGACCCGAAGCUGCAGAACGAGUUUCAGAAGCGGGUGGCUAGUGUCCGCAAGCACGGGGCUAAUAAGCCAGAGAAACUGACUCCUGGAGUGGUGUAUUUGGGUCACCUUCCCAGAGGACUUUAUGAACCUCAACUCAAAGAAUACUUCACACAAUUUGGAACUGUCAAAAGACUCAGGCUCUCCCGAAGUAAAAAGACUGGAAAUAGUAAGGGCUAUGGAUUUCUGGAGUUCGAAUCUGAUGAUGUUGCUAAGAUUGUUGCUGACACAAUGAACAACUACCUUUUUUGUGAAAGGCUAUUGAAGUGUCAUUUUGUGCCUCCUGAAAAAGUACAUGAAGAACUUUUCAAAGGCUGUGACAUUCCAUUUUCAAAGCCCUCUCAUCCAGCAGUAAAACGCUAUAACAAGGAACGGACAUAUGAAGAAAAGAUAAGAAUGGAGAAGCGAUUUAAAAAGAAAGAAAAUAAGCUCCGAAAGAGAUUAGCUGAAAAGGGAAUUGAUUAUACAUUUCCUAAAUUAGUUUUACGGAACAGGAGAAAAAAGACGGUUUCAGGGACUACUCUUCAGAAGUCUGUUGAUAAUGAGGAUUUACCCAAGAGGGAGAAAAUGAAUGUUUCAGAUACUGCCUUUGAUUCUGUGGACAGCCAGGGCCCCACGCCCAUUUGUUCACCAACAUUUUUAGAGAGGCGGAAAGCUCAAGCAGCUGAAAUGAAUGAUGACGAUGAAGAUAAUGAAAUUGUACUUAAACUACCACCAAUUGUUAACAAGAAAGUAACACCAUUGACUCAGACUCCACCGGGUUCAAGAAGAAAAAAGGCAAAGAACAAUAAAGGAUUAUCCUGAAUAUGACAUAUA